ACAAAUCGGCGCGCGCUCCCGACCUCUCUCCUGACCAACUUCCAGAGUAAAUCAGCAGCAGAGAAGUUGUGAGAGGAAAAGUCAGACUCGGUCCGGAGAGGAGAAGCUGAGUGAACCUUAAAGCGACCCCGUCCAGCAGCAGGAGCCAACAUGGACGACCUAGACGCGUUGCUGGCCGACCUGGAAUCAACAACAUCCCACAUCUCAAAGCGACCAGUGUUCUUGCCUGAGGAGACCCCCUACUCCAUCCCUACGGGAGGACAUUCUUACCAGGAUGUGUCAGUUCCACCCCCAGUCCCACCUCCGCCCUCAGCCGAGGCAUUGAAUGGUUCCCUGAUAGAUCAGCCGGACUCGCACCACUCCUCUCAGCAGUCUUUAGGUUCAGCACAGAAGAGCUCAUGGUCUAGAGACAGUAGCAGCUCUCCGUUGUCUCACAUUGAAGAGGACCACGUCUACAGUUUUCCAAACAAACAGAAGUCAUCUGACUCGUCAACAGCAGCUAUGACCUCUGCUCUGGGCAGUAACCUCUCUGAGCUCGACAGGCUUCUGCUGGAACUCAAUGCAGUACAACAGAGCUCCCCUUCAUUCCCCACGACAGAGGAGGCAGCUCCACCCUUACCUUCCUGCAGCAUCACCCACUACGAGAACGGCAGUUGUCCUGACAUCAUGGUGAGCCCUGCGCCUCAUGAGAAGCCCCAGAGGAACGGAGCAAGGCUGGAUGAAACCCGACCCAGUGUGGAGAGUCUGCUGGACGAGCUGGAGGGCUCAGUGCCAUCACCCAGCCCCCCUGCUUGUCACAUUGACUUGGACAGCCCCUCUCAGCAACAAGCCAGAAUCUCAGCUUCCUGUGCCACGAGAGAGUUAGAUGAGCUAAUGGCCUCUUUGUCUGACUUCAAGAUUAUGGCCCAAGGUAAGGGCGGGGUUCCUGGUGGGCCCCCAACACAGGUCAACAAGCUGGACAACAUGCUUGGUAGUCUGCAGUCUGACCUCAACAAACUGGGCGUGCAGACAGUAGCUAAAGGAGUUUGCGGUGCCUGCUGUAAACCAAUCGUAGGACAGGUGGUGACUGCCAUGGGCCGCACAUGGCACCCUGAACACUUUGUGUGCACACACUGUCAAGAGGAGAUCGGCUCCAGGAACUUCUUUGAGCGUGAUGGACAGCCCUACUGUGAGACGGAUUACCAUAACCUGUUCUCCCCACGCUGCUACUACUGCAACGGGCCCAUACUGGAUAAAGUUGUGACGGCGCUGGACAGGACAUGGCAUCCAGAACACUUCUUCUGCGCUCAGUGUGGAUCCUUCUUUGGCCCGGAAGGUUUUCAUGAAAAGGAUGGAAAAGCCUUCUGCAGGAAGGAUUACUUUGACAUGUUUGCGCCGAAAUGUGGAGGCUGUGCCCGAGCCAUUCUGGAGAAUUACAUCUCAGCACUGAACAGCCUCUGGCACCCUGAGUGCUUUGUGUGCAGGGAGUGCUUCACCCCGUUUGUAAAUGGAAGCUUCUUUGAGCACGACGGUCAGCCCUACUGUGAAGUGCACUACCACGAGCGCCGCGGCUCCCUCUGCUCCGGCUGUCAGAAGCCCAUCACUGGCCGCUGCAUCACGGCCAUGUCCAAGAAGUUCCACCCGGAGCACUUUGUCUGCGCCUUCUGCCUGAAGCAGCUCAACAAGGGCACCUUCAAAGAACAAAAUGACAAACCCUACUGCCACGGCUGCUUCGUCAAGCUGUUCAGUUAGAGCAUUCAACUUUAACCACAUGUGGGUCAGGGCUCAGAUAAAGUGUCAAGAGCGUCUUUAGCACAGGUGGGAUGAGAACGGAUUGUGUUUGUCUCAAAAAAAGAAAAGUAGCCUGUUUUCUAAUGGUGACAUGGGAGGUGUGUAGAGGUUUGGAAAUGUGAAUGAGGUAGAAGCAGUGACUCUGCCGGACUAAAAUACUCGUUAAAUGUCCUUCAGAAAAGUGGGUAGCUAGACAGUCAGACAGCAACUGGCUUAAGAAUCAUCUGUGGGUUUUGAGUAGGUCAAACAGUCUCAGUGUGAUGAUCAAUAUUUAAAGGACGCUGAUAAGGGAGAUAAAAGUUUUUCAAAUCAACACUGAUGUUUCAAAUCAACCAACUUUUCUCAUCCAAUGUGUUGGACAUUUUCUACGGUCAAAGAGCUGUCGUUCUUAUUUUUCUCUUACAUCGUUGUGUUUUCAAAUCUUUUUAAUCUUGUUUUUUCUUUAUAGAAGGUGGUGAAAUCUUACUGAACACUGUAGAAAUCCAUGAAAUACUCUUGUGUGUUUGACAUUGUUGCUCACUGGUUGAGUGUGUCAUUAUAGUUAACAUAAAGGAAAAAGAAAAAAACAGUAAACUAUAGCACGGAACAGGUGACUUGUUGUUUUUUUAGCCUGAAAAUAUAACCCUUUUUUUUUUAUCUACAAAAGAAAAUUAAAUGAGUUUUUACACAAAACCUUGAGAAGAUGGAUAAAAAUGGUCCACUUUCACAAGUUUUAUUUGUAUGUGUGAAAGUGACUGUAGCGUCAUUACGCUCACUUGGCCCAGGAAAAAACACCGUUAUAUGAAUGAUAUUUUUCUUAUAAAUGAAUCAAAAUGUGAGAAUCAGUCACUUUCACUUCAUGACACCAGAAUCUCAAUCACUCACACACACACAUGCUUUUAGCCAAAGUAAAAUAAUGUAUGGAUGAAUAUGUUACAGUGAAGAGAUUCAGUUGGUAGCCUCCCACCUUUAGCUGCAGUAUUUCACUUUCUCCAUCACAUUUAAAUAAACCCCAUGUUUUUGUGCUGCCAAAUCAUUCCUUAUUUGUUGUCCACUGAAGAAAAAAAUCAAAACGGUUCAGUCGCAUCUUACAACGAACUGGAUCUCCCAAAAUUCUUGGGAGGAUACUGGGAACAUCUUCUGCUACCGUUGCUGUUUCUGAGAAGAUCCUGGAAUUUUUUUCAAUGUAAAUAUCCAAUGCAGCUACUUUGUUAGUAAAGCGUUGGGUUGCUUAGCGUGUGACACGUGUGUGAUAACCACUCAUCUGAAGAUGCUGGUGAGAAGGCAGAGCAGAGACACGUUCAGGUGUUGUUACUGUAUUGAGAAGCUGAUGAAUGUUCAUUGUUUAUACUUUAUAAAGCAAGGAAAUCUUCAAACGUAUCUGUGAUACUCCAGUAACUUUGUAUUUCAGUGUUCUAACACAAGUGCAUCUGUACCAUUGUAUCAGCACCAACAUCACUACGUCUAAUGACACUGGCAAAUUACUGACAACAGAUCCACAGCCCACAGUUCAGUUUUCAACGUCUGUGAGCCUGGUGGUCUGUUCCAAUAAAUCACAGAACCUCCAUCAGCAUCUGAGCAGCAUCUACUGUAUAUGAGCACCAGGUUGGGUCUGAACACGGUGAAUCAUGACAUGCAGCAGAUAUUUCGUCUCAUUCAGGGAAAUCUCAGAGCCUUAAAUCUUUCUCUCGCUCUAUUAAAGAGAUCGUGUAACGGUUUUCUGUUCAAAUCAAUCUAGUCGAGUGUUACUUAACCAAAGCCAUAACUUCUUUGAAAUGUUUUUUCUGUUCACUGUUUUUUCUUUUCUUUUCACUUUGAAUGUUGAUAGUUAUGAAUCCUGAGAUUCUUCACCUCUUGCCUGAUUACACCAAUAAAUUCUGUUUUGGUAUCAAAA